UCCACCACUCCUAGCAUAUACAAAUAGGUUUACCAUGCCUAGCUACUAAAACACACAGUCGACAGCUCAUACCAUGCAUAACCUUACAUAAAGAAGAGGUAGAAGGAAAUUUUGCAGAAAAUAGCUGUACAAUAUUAAGUCUGCAAACUGAUGUUUUUGUUCUGAAAAAGCAAUUAAUGUUUAAUGUUUAUUUGUGAAAAGAUACUAUUAUAAAAGUAGUGAUGGGUAGGGGAAAGGUGGAGCUGAAGAGGAUUGAGAACAAGAUAAACCGCCAAGUGACAUUUGCAAAGAGAAGGAAUGGGUUGCUCAAGAAGGCUUAUGAGCUCUCUAUUCUCUGUGAUGCUGAGGUUGCCCUCAUUAUCUUCUCCAACCGUGGAAAACUCUAUGAGUUCUGCAGCAGCUCCAGCAUGCCCAAGACACUUGAACGGUACCAAAAAUGCAGUUAUGGAGCCUUGGAAGUAAACCACCAAUCUGAAAUGGAGACACAGAGGCGCUACCAAGAGUAUCUGAAGCUGAAAUCAAAAGUUGAGGGACUACAGAGAACACAGAGAAACCUCCUUGGGGAAGAAUUGGAGCACUUGGAUAUUAAGGACCUUGAGCAGCUUGAACGUCAGCUGGACUCUUCUCUGAAGCAAAUCAGGUCUAACAAGACACAACAAAUGCUUGAUCAACUCUCCGAUUUGCAGAGAAAGGAGGAGAUGCUACUCGAAACUAAUAAUAUCCUGAGGAACAAGUUGGAGGAAAUUGAUGUAGCUAUUCAAACAGCAUGGGAAGGUAGAGAGCAAAAUGCUCCCUACAGCUACCCUCCUCAAUCAGAGGGAUACUAUGAGACACCACAUUGCAAUAGUACAUUGAGAAUUGGCUAUGAUCCUUCAGUGGUAAAUAAUGAAGCAGGAGGAGGUGAAGGAACCUCAGCCCAGACUACCAAUCAAUUCAUGCAUGGAUGGGUUACCUGAAUUUCUAACUUAAUUAAUUCAUAAUUCUCAUAAAAUGAUGCAUUUGUAGAGAUCUUGUGGCCAUGAAGAACAGGGCUAUAUAAUAAAUGUGUCAUGCCACUAAAAAAAGAAAACAAAAGCUUUGCUUUAAAUUUCCAAAUAAAACAUCCCAUCCAACUUAACCAUCUGGAUCAAAUUCAGAUGAGGUUCUAUGGUACUUACUAUUUAAUUUGCUUAUUGUCUUUUAUUUGGUUUACUUUUCCUUUGCUUGUGUGUAGAAUAUUCAUUUCAAAGGUGAGUGUUGCAGCAAAUGAAUGCCCAUUUACUAUUUUGUUUAUAAUUGUAAAGUGUAUCUUUAAGCUUGACAUGGUACUUAAAUUGUAAUUAAAGUGCAUCUUUGAUUUGUAGUUUCCAUUUAAA